GCUUGAUCUCGGGAGGAGGGAAACGGGAUCGAAGACUGCUGGCAUCACUGGCUGGCUCAGCUGACGCGAGACAAGCAGCGUCACCAAAAAGAGGUGGCAACACUGAGCAGAAGUGAGAAUUUUACACAUGGAUGCACAGCAGCAUGAUAAGCGGGGGCUCCAUUAUGGCUGCUGCCAAUCGAUCUCCAUGGUGAGAGAGGACCUUGACUUUGUUGCCAUGGUGACCCUUGUAGCGAUAGCUCUGUAACUAAGAUCUGUUGCCUUGGUGACCUCAUAAAAAUAGCCGGGUAACCUAUUUCAAUCUGUUGCCAUGGUGACACUGCAGCGAGCCCCGACAAAGUAAAAAAAGGUCGCAACGAUGACACUGUAGCAAUAGGAGCACAACUGGCACACCACUUUGUCAUGAUGGGAACAUCUCAGAUGUUUCACAUUUUUGUCGUCCUGGGCUCCGCGUUCAUGAUUCUUCUGAUCAUUAUUUACUGGGAGGAAGUCGGAGCAUCCCAUCAGUAUCUACACACUCCCUUCUCACCGAGGCCCAAAAUCCCAAAUCCUGUUCAACAGCAGCAGCAGCAGCAGCCACAAACCCCUCGAACCCCAGCUUUCCUCUCCGACAUCGAUGCCUUUGUCAACCAGUUCUUAGAGCCUGGAACUGGCGAACCCACGGACCAAGUGCCAGCCGAAACAAGUAACCAAUCAGAGAAGGCAGAAGAACGAUAUGUACCUAGGCAGGAGUGGAAGAUUCAUUUAACUCCUGUGGCAGCGGAACUCCGUCAGAGACAGGAGAACCGGCAGAGAUUACUCAAGGAUCUUUGUGCCAAUGACAGCUUUGCGUUUCCUGGCAAAAAACGUUCAUUUGACGAGAUUCCCAUCCAGGAGCUGGAUCAUCUGAUAGUUGAUGACAGGCAUGGAAUUAUCUACUGCUAUGUUCCAAAGGUUGCGUGCACUAACUGGAAGCGGAUCAUGAUGGUUCUAAGUGAGAGCCUGCUUAUUGAUGGUGUUCCCCAAAGAGACCCACUUGCCAUUCACAGGGAUCUGGCACACAACAGCACCAUGCACUUCACUUUUAACAAGUUCUGGAAGCGCUACGGCAAGUUUGCAAGGCACCUCAUGAAGGUCAAGCUGAAGAAGUACACAAAGUUUCUUUUCGUGCGGGACCCUUUUGUGCGUCUCAUAUCCGCCUUCAGGGAUAAAUUUGAGGGGCGUAAUGAGGAAUUCUACCGCCGCUUUGCUAAGAUCAUGCUACGGCGCUACGGCAACCAGCCAACGCCCCCUGAUUCUGUGGAUAAGGCGUUUGCUACAGGGCUGCAUCCCUCUUUCCCCCACUUCAUCCAGUAUCUCCUGGAUCCUCGGACAGAGAAAGAGAGUCCCUUUAAUGAGCACUGGCAGCAGGUGUACCGCCUUUGCCAUCCAUGCCAGAUACAGUAUGACUUUGUAGGCCACUUGGAGACGGCCGUAGAAGACGCUGAGCAUUUGCUACGCUUGCUGCGUGUGGACAAUGUUGUGGAGUUUCCUGCCUCAAACAGGAACUUGACAGCUAGCGACUCGGAAUCAGACUGGUUCAAUUUGGUGCCCCUCGAGGUGCGGCGGGAGCUUUACAAGCUGUAUGAACCCGACUUCAGGCUUUUUGGUUACAGUAGACCUGACUCCGUUCUCAAUGAAUAACUCAAAUUUUGUCCCUAUCAAGUGAAAAUAAAUACCUGGCAAGCCGGCUUAAAUUUGGCAAUCUAAAAGAUAUUUGGCAAGUCAGUCUGGUCUUCUGUGGUUUGGGCUGGAUGCUUAGAAGUAGGGCUAAAACUACAGACUGAAUCUGUAAAAAACAGUCACAUGGUUGUGACUCGGCAUGUACAGGUAUGAGAUUUUGAAGGUAUGAUAACCUUAAGCAAAAAUACAGCGGUUUCACGGUAUCACGGUAUUGCAAUUAUAGCUCUAAAAUGUGUUAUUUUGAGAUGUAUGGGUUAAAAAAAAAAAAAAAAAAACUCGAACAGGAUUUUUAAAAUUCACAACAUAUUUGCAAAUUGGAACAUAAACAUGAAUAUGAUGUUAAAAUAAAUAAAUGAAUAAAAAAACUGAAAUAUUUUAAAUAAAAUUUAAAUAAAUAGAAUUUAUAGACCAGGGGUCCUAAAAUACUAAUCUUGAAGGUCCACAAUUGUUUUUUUCAUACAAGCAUGGGUCCAUUUAUUAAUGUCGGUCGAGUACAAGGCAGGUCUAAUGUGGUAAAGGUGGUUUUCUUUUGACCUAACAAAAAUACAAUGCACAUUCUGAUUAAAUAAAAUAAAUUAUAUAAAUAAAUAAAUUAACAAAACAUUUUCUUGACUUAAAAUAAAAAUACCAAAUGGCAUAAUAGUGUUUCACAUUUUCACUUUUUAUCAGAGCAACUGUCUUUAAGCAUAUUAGGCACAUAGGUUUGGUACUUGCAGGUGGUAAAUUGGACACACAUUUGUCAAUCCAUUCCUCAUUGAAACGGCGAUUUUCGUUGUCUACUUUUCUUCUCUUGGUCAACUUUGAGCAUGCCAUUUUGUUAGAUUCGGUCUUCUACUGGUGGCAUGUAAACAAACAGAUUGCAAAGUGCCGAUUUGUGUUUCACACUGCUGCGGUCCGUCCACUCUAGCUAGCAGCAUGUAGGCUCUCUCAGCCAAUCAGUGCAUUGUUGUCAUAGAGAUAACAAAAGAAGUGGGAACAUGGAAGAUAUUUGACUAAAAAUGAAACAGAAUUUAGUGAUAGAAUAGUAGUACAUAGCGGUAGAUCGGUGAUUCAUACAAAUAAUAUAUGUUUAAAAAAAGUUUGGGUUUUUUUUUUUUUCUUUUUUGAAAAGUGCCAUUUGCUCUGGGUCCGCAGAGAGGUGUGCCGUUGUCCGGUCGUGGACCACGGUGCACUAAUUGAGGACCCCGGUUAUAAACUAAUCCCACAGCCACAGCUCAAGUUGCUAAACAUUAGAACAAAAAUUAUGUUCCAUAUAAAAGUAAAACCACUUCUAAAUAAUAUGUAUAUAUAUAUAUAUAUUUAUUUAUUUAAUUAUAUUUAUCUACACAGUGCUGGCCAAAAGUAUUGACACCCCUGCCACUCUGUCAGAUAAUGCUCAAUUUCUCCCAGAAAAUGAUUGCAAUUACAAUUGCUUUGGUAAAUGUCUUCAUUUAUCUUGCUUGCAAUGAAAAAACACUAAAGAGAAUGGAAAAAAAUUAAAUUGAAUUGUUAUUUUACACAAAACUCCAAAAAUAGGCCGGACAAAAGUAUUGGCACCCUUUGAAAAAUCAUGUGAUACUUCUCUAAUUUGUGUGAUUGAGAGCACCAAUUACUUACCUGUGGCACAUAACAUGUGGUGGUAAUAACUAAAUCACACUUGCAGCCAGUUAAAAUGGAUUAAAGUUGACUCAACCUGUGUCCUUGUGUGUACCACAAUGAGCAUGGAGAAAAGAAAGAAGACCAAAGAACUGUCUGAGCACUUGAGAAGCAAAAUUGUGAGGAAGCAUGGGCAAUCUCAAGGUUACAAGUCUAUCUCCAAAGACCUGAAUGUUCCUGUGUCUACCGUGCGCAGUAUCAUCAAUAAGUGUAAAGCCCAUGGCACUGUGGCUAACCUCCCUAGAUGUGGACGGAAAAGAAAAAUUGACAAGAGAUUUCAACGAAAGAUUGUGCGGAUGGUGGAUAAAGAACCUCGACUAACAUCCAAACAAGUUCAAGCUGCCCUGCAGUCUGAGGGUACAACAGUGUCAACCAAUACUAUCGGUCGGCGUGUGUAUGAAAGGGAUACCCAGGAAGACCCCACUUCUGACCCAGAGACAUAAAAAAGCCAGGCUGGAGUUUGCCAAAGCUUACCUCAGAAAGCCAAAAACGUUUUGGAAGAAUGUUCUCUGGUCAGAUGAGACAAAAGUAGAGCUUUUUGGGAAUAGGCAUCAACAUAGAGUUUAUAGGGGAAAAAAACGAGGCCUUCAAAGAAAACACGGUCCCCACAGUCAAACAUGGCGUAGGUUCCCUGAUGUAUUGGGGUUGCUUUUCUGCCUCUGGCACUGGACUGGACUGCUUGCUAGCAUUAUGAAGUCUGAAGACUACCAACAAAUUUUGCAGUAUAAUGUAGGGCCCAGUGUGAGAAAGCAGGGUCUCCCUCAGACGUCAUGAGUCUUCCAGCAGGGCAACGACUCAGAACUCACUUGAAAAAGCACUAGAAAAUGGUUUGAGAGAAAGCAUUGGAGACUUCUGAAGUGGCCAGAAAUGAGUUCAGAUCGGAAUCCCAUAGAACUCCUGUGGAGAGAUCUGAAAAUGGCAGUUUGAAAAAGGCACCCUUCAAAUCUCAGAUACCUGGAGCAGUUUGCCAAAGAAGAAUGGUCUAAAAUUCCAGAAGAGCAUUGUAAGAAUUUCAUUGAUGGAUACUGGAAGCGGUUGUUUGCAGUUAUUCUGUGUAAAAAUUGUGCUACCAAGUAUUAGGCUGUGGGGGCCAAUACUUUUGUCCGGCCCAUUUUUGAAGUUUUGUGUAAAAUGAUAAUGAUUUAAAAAUUUUUUUUUUUUUUUCAUUGCAAGCAAACUAAAU